GUUCCCGGCUGGGCCAUGGCGGAGAGCGGCGGUGUCGGCGGCGGGGAGGCGCGGUGUCGGCGGCGGCUGCGGCGGGGGGCGGCGGGGCUGGCGCUGCUGGCCGCCCCCGCGCUGCUCUACGCGCUGCGGGACAGGCUGGCGGCCGUGACUGUGUUCUUAAGCACUUUGACCCCCAAAUUCUACGUUGCACUUACAGUGACUUCAUCUCUUAUAUCCGGACUGAUACUUGGUUUUGAAUGGUGGUACUUCCGGAAGUACGGCACCUCUUUCAUCGAGCAGGUGUCAGUGAGUCAUCUGAGGCCGCUCAUUGGAGGAGUGGAGAACAGUCCUCCCACGCCGAGCUUCCCAGCCAGCAAUGGGGAAAACGAGACAAACAGGCAGAACUUGUCAGAGUGCAAAGUGUGGAGAAACCCCCUCAAUCUUUUCAGAGGAGCAGAAUAUAGCAGGUAUACCUGGGUGACUGGGAAGGAGCCACUGACAUACUAUGACAUGAAUUUGUCUGCUCAGGAUCAUCAGACCUUUUUCACAUGUGAUACAGACUCUCUUCGGCCUUCAGAUACAGUUAUGCAGAAGGCAUGGCGCGAGAGAAACCCUCAGGCCCGGAUCAAAGCAGCACAUCAAGCUUUGGAAUUAAGUAACGACUGUGCCACUGCAUAUGUCCUCCUGGCCGAGGAGGAAGCAACAACCAUUGUGGACGCUGAGAAGUAUUUUAAGCAGGCGCUGAAAGCAGGAGAAAGUGUUUACAGAAAAUCUCAGAACUGCCAUUCCCAAAGCCCCCAGCAUGAAGCACAGCUUAGAAGAGACACUAAUGUUCUGGUGUAUGUGAAAAGGAGACUAGCUAUGUGUGCAAGGAAACUUGGAAGAAUAAGAGAAGCAGCAAAAAUGAUGAGAGAUUUAUUGAAAGAGUUUCCACUUUUCAGUAUGCUGAAUAUCCACGAAAACCUCCUGGAGGCAUUACUGGAAUUACAGGCUUAUGCUGAAGUCCAGGCAGUUUUAGCCAAGUAUGAUGACAUCAGUCUUCCAAAAUCGGCAGCAAUAUGUUACACAGCAGCACUGUUAAAGGCUAGAGCUGUUUCAGAAAGAUUCUCUCCAGAAACAGCCUCCAAGAGAGGUCUCAGUGCAGCAGAAAUUAAUGCUGUGGAGGCGAUUCACAGGGCUGUGGAGUUUAACCCUCAUGUCCCAAAGUACUUACUAGAAAUGAAAAGCCUAAUUCUACCUCCGGAGCACAUUCUGAAACGAGGGGACAGUGAGGCUGUAGCAUAUGCAUUCUUCCAUCUUCAGCACUGGAAGCGGAUAGAAGGGGCCCUUAAUCUGUUGCACUGUACGUGGGAAGGCACAUUCAGAAUGAUCCCGUACCCAUUAGAGAAGGGCCAUCUUUUCUAUCCUUAUCCCACCUGCACAGAGACGGCAGACAGGGAGCUGUUGCCAACGUUUCAUGACGUCUCCGUUUACCCGCAGAAGGAGCUUCCUUUCUUUAUCCACUUCACGGCAGGGCUGUGCUCGUUUUCAGCAAUGCUUGCCCUCCUCAUGCACCAGUUCCCUGAACUCAUGGUCGUGUUUGCUAAAUCUUUCUUCGGGACUCUUCUGUCACCCUUCAGCUUCCUUAGGGAGAAGAUUGAGCGCUUCGUGCCGUCCGGUCUCUGGCACCAGCUGACCCACGUUUGACGGGAACCUGUUCUGCACAGUAAUUAGUCCCGACUGUUCUCAGGAACCUCCGACCCACCUCCCCCAGGGCAGUGGAGUAGUUAGCUGGCAGCCAAGGGAGCGUGGGGAAGAUGAGCUGCAUUAUUUAAACUGUCAUCUUUCACCAGCUUCCACCUUGUUAAUGGUGCUUGAAGUGACUGAAUUCCUCCUCUGGCCGUAGGAUCUGUAGUCAUUUAAGCAAGCUGCGUUUUGUUGAGCAGUGACUCUCUUUGCUCCCUGAACCAGUUAUGCAAGUUGAGGCUACUACUUUCUCUGUAAAACUACAGAACACAAUAAAUCAGGUGGAUGUUU